AUGUCAGUCUUGGACACCUCUGAAAUGGAAAUCUCUACCUUCUUCCUCAUUGGGAUCCCAGGCAUGGAGCAUGCUCACAUUUGGGUUUUGAUCCCCAUUUGCCGCAUGUACCUCCUUGCCAUCCUGGGGAACUGCACUAUCCUCUUUUUCAUAAAAACAGAGACCUCUCUGCAUGCUCCAAUGUAUUAUUUUCUUUCCAUGCUGGCCUUUUCUGACCUGGGACUUUCCAUCUCCUCCCUUCCAACCAUGCUGAGAAUCUUCUUGUUCAAUGCCACUGGAAUUUCCCCCAAUGGCUGCUUUGCACAAGAGUUUUUCAUUCAUGGAUUCUCAGUUAUAGAGUCAUCAGUUCUCAUCAUGUCCAUGCACUUCAUAGCCAUCUACAGCUCUCUGAGAUACACCUCCAUCCUGACCAGUGCCAGAGUCUUUAAAAUCGGCCUCAUAUUUGCUGCAUUAUGUAUCAUGUUUGUCCUCCCUUUCCCCUUUAUUCUGAAGAGGCUGAAAUUCUGUAGGAAAAGCCUUCUAUCCCACUCCUACUGCCUCCACCUGGAUGUCAUGAAGCUGGCCUGUUCUGACAACAGGGUCAAUGUUAUCUAUGGACUCUUUGUGGCUCUUACAUCCUUAUUGUACUUGGGGUGCAUUUCUGUGUCUUACAUGUUGAUCUUGAAACUUAUUCUAGGCAUUGCCUCACACAAGGGUCGCCUCAAGGUUCUCAACACCUGCAUCUCCCACAUCUGUGCUGUGUUCAUCUUCUAUGUGCUGGCCGCCCUUCAUCGCUUUGCCAAAAAUGUUUCCCCAGUCAUUAGGGCCAUUAUAGCUGAUAUUUUCCUUCUGGUCCCUCUAAUGAAUCCCAUUGUGUACUCAGUGAUGAGUCAGCAGAUUAGAAAUCGGAUCCUGUUGAGAGUGCUGAAUGGAUAA